AUGACAGCAGCGUCCCCCUUGCCUUCUGUUUGGGGUGAGCGGACGCCGCCUGGCGGUGCUGGCGAGCUGCGUGCUCUGGCCUCAAUGGGGUCCGGUAGUUUUGCUCUUUUGCUGGCGGCUCUGGCCGACUGUCUGCGUUCUGUGGGAUGCUGUAUUAUCUGUGACCCGGCGGUGGUGGCCGCGCUGAAGUCCUUGGAGGACAAUUACCUGCCUGACCACUUGGACGCACAGCAUCACGCAAACGUGAUGAAGAGGGUAAAACAGGCCGUGAAGGACUUCAAGGAUCUGCCAUUGAAAGAAGAUUCCUUUAUGGGGGCCGUGGAUGAAGACACACUGGACCAGGCGUCCUGGAGUUUUCUGAAGGAUCUGAAGCGCAUCACGGACAGUGAUGUAAAAGGGCAGCUCUUUGUGAAGGAGCUGUUCUGGAUGAUCAACCUGCAAAAGGACCACUUCACCACCCUUGCAACUCGGUUCCAAAAUGAAGUUUAUUGUCCCAACAAAUGUGGCACGAUGCUGCAAACUCUGAUCUGGUGCAAUAAGUGCGAGAAGCAGGUUCACUCUUGUCGGAAGUCCUAUGAUUGCGGGGAGCGCCAUGUCGAGGUGCACCGGAUGGAAGACAUGAUUCUGAACUGUCGCCUCAGCUGGCACCAGGCUUCCCAAGGACUCACAGAUUACAGCUUUUACCGGGUCUGGGGGAACAGUUCUGAGACUUUGAUGUACAAGGGGAAGGAACCCCUCUUGACCAAGACACUGGUGGGUCCAGAGGAUGCGGGCAGCUACCGCUGCGAGCUGGGCACCGUCAGCUGGGGUCCUGCCACGAUCAUCCACUUCCGUGUCUCAGUGUUGCCUCGAAGGGUCAAAGAGGAGCAUCCGCCACCAAACGUCGUAACCCAGAAUGAGACCUCAGGAAGCCACGAGUCCUCUUCCAUACCUGCGACCCUCCCGCUUCCGCAGCCCGCCCGACGUCUACGACACCGCCUCUUAGGACUGCUCCUCGGCGGGGCCCUCUUCGUGACUGCCGGCGUCGCAGGCCUGGUACUUUACAUGAAUAAAAGGAGGGCUAAAGUGAAGCCCUCAUCAAAGAAGUUCUCCUCUCCUGAUGAUGAUGAUGAUGAUGGUACUGCUGAGUAGCCAGAGGAAAAGGCCCCAGACGCAGAGAACUAAUAAAAAGAUUUAUCUUGAUCGUG